UUCUUGAAAAUAAGUUAAUGGAAGAUUAUAUUUUUUCUCAUUUUAAUGCAAUUUUACUACUCAUAGCUUUUGUUUUCUCCUCAAUUUUCAUAUGGAAAAUUUCAAAACCUCAAAGCCCCUUGCCGCCGGAGAUCUCCGGUGGCUUGCCGGUGAUUGGUCAUCUCCUCCAAUUUUCCGGCGCCGACGACAUUCCUUUAUCUCGAAAACUAGCAACUUUAGCUGACAAAUACGGUCCCGUUUUCACUUUCCGUCUAGGACUUCCACGUAUAUUAGUCGUCAGCAGUUACGACGCCGUUAAGGACUGCCUGAACACUAACGACAAAGUCUUCGCCGCCCGCCCGGCUUCUUUGUCCGGCGAAUACAUCGGGUACAAUAACGCUAUGCUUUUUCUCGCUAGUUAUGGUCCUUAUUGGAGAAAAAUUCGAAAAAUUGUUCUUCAGGAAGUUCUCUCAAGUAGCAGGUUAGAAAAAUUGAAAUUUGUUAGGAUUUCUGAAAUUCAAACAAGUGUCAAUGAACUUUACUCUUUAACCUCAGUCGCCGGAGAAAAUGUUGAUUCCCCGGUGACCGGAGAUAAUUUUCCGGUGAAAGUUAAUGUUACUAAUUGGAUAGAAAAGUUAACUUUGAGCUUGAUAGUGAAAAUGAUAGCUGGAAAAAGCUAUGGAAGGGUUGAAAAAGGGGGAAAUGAAGAAGAAGCUGAAAGAUUUAAGAAAGCUUUGAAGGAUUUUAUGUAUAUUUCAAUGGAGUUUGUGUUAUGGGAUGCAUUUCCUAUUGCUUUAUUCAAAUGGAUUGAUUUUCAAGGGCAUGUUAAGUUUAUGAAAAAGGCAUUUAAAGAUAUUGAUUGUGUUUUACAAGAUUGGUUGGAUGAACAUGUGAAGAAGAGAGAAAGAGUUGAUUUUGUUGCUGGAAAUGAACAAGAUUUCAUUGAUGUUAUGCUUUCUAUGAUGAGCAAUGAAGAUUUUGCUGAUGGUUAUAAUAGAGAAACCACCAUUAAAGCUACUGCUCUGAGUAUGGUGUUGGAUGCUUCGGACACCACUGCUAUUCACUUAAAUUGGGUUAUGGCUACAUUGUUAAACCAUAGGGAUGCCAUGAAGAAAGCCCAAGAAGAGCUAGACACGAAAGUUGGCAGAAACAGAUGGGUAGAAGAGAGUGAUAUCAAGAAUUUGGUAUACUUCCAAGCUGUCGUUAAAGAAACACUUCGAUUAUAUCCACCAGCACCUUUGUUAGUACCUCAUGAAUCAGUAGAAGACUGCAUUGUACAAGGAUACCACAUUCCUAAGGGUACAAGAUUAUGGGUCAAUACUAUGAAACUGCAGCGAGAUCCUAAGAUUUGGUCGAAUCCUGAUACAUUUGAUCCAGAGAGAUUCUUGACUAGUCAAGCAGGGUUUGAUGUUCGUGGUCAACAAUAUGAGUUCAUCCCGUUUGGCUCUGGAAGACGAUCUUGUCCAGGGAUCACUUAUGCAACUCAAGUGACACACCUUACAAUAGCUCAUUUACUCCAAGGUUUUGAGUUUAGUACACCAUCGAACGAGCCUUUGGAUAUGAAAGAAGGGCUAGGCAUGACAAUGCGCAAAGUAAAUCCUAUAUUAGUGUUGAUUACGCCUCGCUUGCCUUCUGUGCUCUAUAAGUUCUAAGAUUUAAAUGUUUUUUUUUUUUUUGGUUAUGUAUGUACUUUGUGGAUGUAUAUUGUACGUAUGAAGAAAUAAUUUGAGUGCCAAAUCUCCUAUUCCAAUUGCAAGAAAA